AUGGAAUGGUCCGUCGGACUCCUGGCCUGCCUAGUGGGCCUCCUCCCGAUGGGUUCAUUUGCGAGAACCAAAAGAGAUACUACCGGGAACUUGGUCAACACAGAGGUGCACAGUGCGCCCGAGCAGCGCUGGUCCAUGCAGGUGCCGGCCGAGGUGAGCGCGGCGGCGGGCGAGGCGGCCGUGCUGCCCUGCACCUUCACGCACCCGCACCGCCACUACGACGGGCCGCUCACGGCCAUCUGGCGCGCGGGCGAGGCCUACGCGGGCCCGCAGGUGUUCCGGUGCGCGGCGGCGCGGGGCAGCGAGCUCUGCCAGACGGCGCUGAGCCUGCACGGCCGCUUCCGGCUGCUGGGCAACCCGCGCCGCAACGACCUGUCGCUGCGCGUCGAGCGCCUCGCCCUGGCCGACGACGGCCGCUACUUCUGCCGCGUGGAGUUCGCCGGCGACGUCCACGACCGCUACGAGAGCCGCCACGGCGUCCGGCUCCGCGUGACCGCCGCCCCGAGGAUCGUCAACCUCUCGGUGCUGCCCGGGCCGGCGCACGCCUUCCGCGCGCUCUGCACGGCCGAGGGGGAGCCGCCGCCCGCCCUCGACUGGUCCGGCCCGGCCCUGGGCAACGGCUCGGCCGCCGUGCCGGGCCCGGGCCAGGGUCACGGCCACCAGGUGACCGCCGAGCUGCCCGCGCUGGCCCACGACGGCCGCUACACGUGCACGGCCUCCAACAGCCUGGGCCGCGCGGAGGCCAGCAUCUACUUGUUCCGAUUCCACGGCGCCUCCGGGGCCCCGGCGCUCGCCCUCCCGCUCGGCGUGCUUGGCCUCAAGGCGUUACUGCUGCUCGGCAUUCUGGCCGCCCGCGCCGCCGCCCGCCGCCGCCUAGAGCACCCAGUCGCCCAGGACACCCCACCACGGCCCCAGGCUCAGGAGUCCAACUAUGAGAAUUUGAGCCAGAUGAGCCCUCGGGACCCACCAGCGGCCACAUGUGUACCAUGA